GAACGGGCUUCCGCUCUGGAAACAAAGACUCUGGGCUGAAGGUUCCGCUGUGGAAUUGAAAGCUCCUAGAAAAGGGCGCUUCAUAUUAUCCACGGAGAAGUUAUCGGUGAUGGCAUUUUCAUGACCUGCGAUCCAGAGACAUGGAAGAGACAGCGAAACAUGGCUGUGAGCAGCCAGAUGCCCCUGCACAAACCACGGUUCAGCUGCUAGGAGAAGACCUUACCGGGAAUGAAACGGAACAAAAACCAGCAACUUCACAAACACCGGGCAGCAAGGAAGAGUUUGCCGUAGCUAAGGUUAAAGCCGGAUUAAAUGAAGAAACCCCAGCCACUGAAGCCACAGACAGUGAUGCAGGAGAAGCAUUCAAAGAACAGGCGCAAAAGGCCUCACCGCAGGAACAGUCCAAUGAACAAAGACAGGAUGUUGAGUCCUUUGGUCGUUCCCCUAAAGAGGCUGCUAACGCCAAUGUUUCAGAAUAUACUGAAAACCGCGAAGAUCUCAAACAGCUUGGGUGUGAGAAGAAACCAGGUGAUUGUGGCUCAGAUGGAGAUCAAAGAGCUUCGGGAGAUGCAAAGUCAGAAAAAGUCGGUCUCUCACUGACAACGAACAUGAAAAUCGUUCACCAAGCCGAUGAUGAACAACGUGACGAUUCUAAAGGGGACACAUCGGAACACGUGAAGCCAGUUGCCACAACACCUGACGGACAUCCCAGUCAAAGUGUGACAUCAGAUGCAGAUUUAGAUAUUCAAAACAAAAAUCCUGGACAACCAGCAAAUGAGGCAAAUAAUGCAGCACCUGAUGAUCAUUUCAGUCCAAGUGAGACAACAGGUGUGCUGAGAGCCUCAGAAAUGAUGGAAGAGGAACAUCGGAAAGAAGAGAUAGAAAAACAAAAUAAAACGAUGAGCAGAGAUGAUGUUGAAACCAUCGGUCCUGCCACCACACAGGCUGAGCCGUCAGACGAAACCGCCGUCUUUGGAGGAGGUAGAAUAUGGGUGGCAGUGGCAGUGGCUGUAGCGGCACUCGCUGUUGCUGUUGCCAUCUUGUGGCCCAACCUCUUCCAAUCUAAAGCUCCACCUCCGACGGCUGACUUGCGACAAGUCGACGUCUUCCUCAAGCAGAUGGAAAAGGUAAAAACGAGGUUUCCCAGUCAGCGUGCCGAGCUCUGGAGCAGGAGUGAAAUCCACCUGAAGAGGCACCUCCUGACCAGCCAGCCCACAGAGCCGGUCAGCCUGAUCCUGACGUCGGGCCUCAGGGCAGAAAGGACAAUGCGCUGCCUGGCCCAGGACGUGGCCUCCGCCUUCUCCGCCGCCCGCAACGCCUCCGUCCUGCACAUCGACGGCGCCAGCAAAGCCGGCCAGGACAGCGACCAGGUCAAGCUGGACAUUGACAGAAAGCUGGUGGGAGCUUUCGAGGGCGACAAGCCAGUGGCCGUGAUCCACCGCCUGGAAGAGCUGCCGCCGGGCGCCACGCUCAUUUUCUACCGCUACUGCGACCACGAGAACGCCGCCUACAAGAAGACCUUUCUGAUCUUCACGGUGCUGCUGGGCGACGAAGAGGAGAUCCCAGCCGAGAUGCGCCUGAGCGUCGUGGAGGAGAUGGUGGACGACCACCUGCAGAAGAGGUUUCUGUCCCACGGCCACCCGGUUUCCUUCGACAGGAUGGAUCUCAACAAGUACGGCGGCCUGUGGAGCCGCAUCUCUCACCUCAUCCUGCCGGUGGCGGCAGAGGAAAGAAUCGAACGCGAAGGCUGCUAGAGGACUCGGGUCCGAGUGCUAAAUCAGCACGACUGAUACCUCUUACUGGGAUAUUUGCUCUGGUGCUCUUAGCAGUAGUUUUAAAGAUCCAAAUGUUUCUUAUAAGAAUUUUAUUGACACUCAGUCGCAUCGAUAUUAGGGCUCUAGGAAGUGGGACCUCUGUAAGAAUUUCGUUCUUUAUGUUGAAAUCUUUGGCAAAAAGGCUGAUGCACUUUAUUCUUUUAAUCCUUUGAAUAAAUUAUAGGUGGAUGGAAAAUAUUUGGAUGUUGCUGCGGUUUGACUUUUAACUUCUUUUAAAGACACUCGGUGUAAGUCUUAAUUUAUCUUUGCAUCUCUAUCACAAAACUGUUGGCUGGCUGAGCUUUUUCAGGCAUCACAACAAAAGGUUCAUCCUUUUUUUUUUAUUCUGCUGUGACUCAAGCCUGAAUGGCACCAUGUGCCUUAAGGUUAGCCUCUAAUGUAAUUUCUGUUGUCUAUUCUGGAUAUAAACAAAUAAGUAUGAUUUAAAUGUGCCUUAAAAUACAAAUAAAACCAUAUUUUAAAUUUUAAA